CCUCAUUCCCCCCCUGAUCCCCUCAUCCCAAUUCUCCCCCUUCCCCUCUACCCCUUCAAGCACCAGUUAUGUGUUAGUAAUGUCCUGUUUGCCAGCUUGUUGACCCUCUGUGUUCCCCUCCAGCAGGGUUUAGGAGCCGUUGCUGUGGACGGAGAGACGGGGACGUGAGUGACCAUUGAGGGCGGCCAGGGUGCAGGUGAGCCCCCCCCCCCCCCCAUCUGCUCGGUGUGCGGGCUGAGCUUCGAGGGGCUGAGCUUCGGUGGAGGACCACAUGACGGGGCACAACAAGGAGAAGCGUUAUGAGUGCGAAGUGUGUGGCAAGGCCUGGCAGUACCCGAGCCUGCUGGAGAUCCACUGGCGGGUGCACACGGGCGAGAAGCCCUAUAGCUGCUCCACCUGCGGCAAGAGCUUUUCCCAGAUGUCGGGACUGCGGGUGCACCGGCGAGUGCACAGCGGUGAGCGGCCCUUCACCUGCUCCGACUGCGGCAAAGGCUUCAAGUCGUCGCCGGACCUGUUGAAGCACAGGCGUCUGCACACCGGGGAGCGGCCCUACACCUGCAGCGACUGCGGCAAGGGCUUCACCCGCUCCAACAGCUUGGUGGAGCACCAGCGCACCCACACCGGCGAGCGCCCCUACACCUGCACCCAGUGCGGCAAGGGCUUCAGCCGCUCCACCUAUCUGCUGUCCCACCAGCAGGUGCACGCCGGCGAGCGUCCCUUUCCCAGACCCUUCAGCUGCUCUGACUGCGGCAAGGACUUCAAGAGGGCGCAUGACCUGAAGGCCCACCAGCGGGUGCAUACAGGCGAGAAGCCCUAUGGCUGUUCCACCUGUGGCAAGAGCUUUGCCCAGUUGUGGGGGUUGCAGGUCCACCAGCAGGUGCACAGCAGUGAGCGGCCCUUCACCUGCUCCGACUGUGGCAAAGGCUUUAAGUCGUUGCCAGAGCUGAAAGUGCACAAGCACCUGCACACCGGGGAGCGGCCCUACACCUGCUGCGACUGCGGCAAGGGCUUCACCCACUCCACCAAGCUGCUGGAUCACCAGCGCACCCACACCGGGGAGCGCCCCUACACCUGUCCUCAGUGCGGCAAGAGCUACACCCGCUCCACCAGCCUGCUGUACCACCAGCGGGUGCACAUCGGCGACCGUCCACCAGCCCGGUGUGUGGAGAGCGCUUUGCCAUGAUCUCCCAAACCAUGUCUCACCAGCACGUGCACACCAGUGGCCAGCCCUACGACUGCCCGUACUGCGGUGAGGCUUUUGACAGCUAGCGGGGGUUGCGGCAGCACCAGUGAGUCCACGCCGACGAGCAGCUGCUCCCACUGCAGCAAACGUUUCAAGAGCACAUGGGGGCUGCAGGAGGACCAGCAUUUCACCUGCAUGUCCAGCCCGUGGCAGCACCGGCGUGCCCACAGCAGUGAGCGUCCCUUCCCCUGCCCGUCCUGUGCUAAGGGCUUCACCCGCCUUGACCACCUGCUGGAGCACAGGAGAGUCCACACCAGCCAGCGAGCCCACACUGGCCAGCCCGCACUGUGGCGAGGCCUUUGCCCACCCCUCCAGCCUGCUGGCACACCGCAACGUGGAUAGAUAGGCGCUGUUUAUGUAGACACAGAAUGCUGGAAGGAAUGGGUAACGUUUCGGAUCGAGACCCUCUUCAGUCUCGACCCAAAACUUCACCCAUUCCUUAUCUCCUGAGAUGCUGCCUGACCCACCGAGUUACUCCAGCACUUCGUGUUAGUCACAGAGUGAGACAAUUUGGAAACAGGCCCUUCGACCCAACUUGCCCACAUCGACCAACAUGUCCCAGCUACACUAAUCCCACCUGCCGCAUUUGGUCCAUAUCCCUCCAAACCUGUCCUAUCCAUGUACCUGUCUAACUGUUUCUUAAAUGUUGGGAUAGUCCCAGCCUCAACUACCUCCUCCGGAAGCUUGUUCCAUACACCCACCACCGUCUGUGUGAAAAUGUUAACCCUCAGAUUCCUAUUAAAUCUUUUCCCCUUCA